UUCAAAUAAUGCCCUUUAUCUAGGAUGGCGCAGCGGGAAGCACCUUUUAUCAAUGUCACACUUGCACCGAAGGAGAAGGCUGCAUUGACAGAGUCACAACAGCGGAUUACUCGCUCACAUGCCGCUCGCUCUGCGCAUGCCCGCGUCCGACAUCGGCGGAUGAUGGAGUAUCAGGCACAGAAGCGGGGGAGGAUAGACACACGAGACGGAGUUAUCAGUAGUUGCACUGGCUUUCCGUCAAGUGCGCGGCUAGAGAUCGCUACAGUCCUCUCAUCUGAUAGGCGAGACCCUUUUCAAAGCUUUGCUAGGGGCUUAACCUCAUUAGAGCAAUUUCUCUUUGAUCAUUAUGUCAACGUCGUCAUCCCCCUGAUGCGCUGCAAUGAGAGCGCAAUCUUCUUCGCGCAGCGCAUGAUUAGACUCUGGGUUCCUACUGCGAUCACCGAGUCAAGCCUUCUCGAUAUCAUUCUGCUUGCGGCAUGCCGCCACUUGUCUAUUGCAUAUAGACAGGGGUCGCAACAACAGCAGCGCAUCUUUCAACAACUGACCUUUCAGUAUAAAUCCCAGAGUCUGUAUGCACUAAGGCAUGCCAUCUCGGCUGAAAUGCCGUUGCUGAGUGACUCCACGGUCGCGAAAGCUAUUAUGCUAGCGUAUGACGAAUUAUAUGUUCGAGAUACAAAAAUGCUCAAGCAUCACGUAGACGCAGCAGUGGAAAUGGUCACGCUGAAAGGCGGGCCCCAGACACUUGGACUUGAUGGACUUAUGGAGCAUUUCCUUUUCAAUCUGAUUAGCAAGACGAGGGGCGACUUGGAACUGCAGAUUAGGACACCCUGGUAAG